AUGUUGCAAAAACGGUCAAUCAGUUACUCCAGAGUAUUAGCUGACUCCUCGUUGUUUCCCAUAAACAACUGGCCAACUUUAACACCAGAAAAGAAACAUUCCAGGACAAAUAAAACAUAUUUGCAAGUAGUAACUACUACUAAUACUACUACUGCUGCUGCUGCUGCUGCUGCUUCAUCUUCUUCAUCUUCUUCUUCUUCUUCAGAUGGUCUUUUUGCAAAGUCCACGAAAACGUCGUUAUACAAAAGGUCAACCCAUCCGACUUCUGUGCCACUUUCCAAGAUUUUCAGUAACCAGUUCCCUUUAAGCUUGAAAGAGUCUAUUGAAGACUACAAAUUACGUCAUGAUAUUUUAGCAUUCCAACACAAUUUGCUAUCAACAUUACCAUUUUUUCCGCAUGAGGAUAACCUAGGUCGCUCUUCUCAAGUACUCAAAAUACCAAUAGAUUCAAAGGGAAAUUUUAUUAACGAGUUUGUAAUAUACCCGAAAGGCAUGUCCGAUGCGAAUCUGAAGGAAAUGAAACAUUUGGUAAUGAUCCAUGGGUACGGCGCGGGGUUGGGGUUUUUUUUGAAGAAUUUCAAUACAAUUGCUUCAAAGAAAAAUUGGUGCAUACAUGCUAUAGACCUUUUUGGGUAUGGAUGCAGUUCGCGUCCUCAUUUCUACCCGGAUCAUCUAGAACAAGUUGAAGAUUGGUUUCACGAUUCGUAUGAAACCUGGUUUAGUCAGAAAAACAUACCAAAGGAGAAUCUCCUAGUCAUGGCACAUUCUAUGGGCGCAUACUUGAUGGCCUGUUAUGGAAUUGCUCGUGAUCCAUCGUUUUGUAAGAAAUUGUUAAUGGUUUCACCAGGAGCUAUUGUAAAACAUAGAAAGAAGGUGAACGUACCGGGAUAUUUUACAAAACUAUGGGAGCAAAACAUCUCGCCAUUCUCGUUGGUCAGGAAAGCUGGCCCUCUUGGCUCUAAAUUGGUUAGUGGUUGGUCUUCACGCAGAUUUUCCAAAUUAGAAUCAAAAGAGUCCCAGUUAUUACACAAAUAUGCUUAUGGUAUUUUUCAAGCUAGAGGAUCUGGCGAGUAUAUGUUGAACUAUUUACUUGCUCCUGGAGCUAAUGCAAGGCACCCAUUGAUCGAGAAAGGUAUUCACAGAUUGAAAUGCGAUUUAUCCUGGUGGUACGGAGAUGCAGAUUGGAUGGAUAAGAAAGGGGGCGAGCUAUGUUCUAACAUAUUGAAUAAUUACCACAAGGCAAAAAAGAGUGAUGUGAAAAUAAUCAGUAAAAGCGGCCAUCACAUUUACUUGGACAAUAUUGAAAAGUUCAAUGAGUUGGUUUUACAGGAGAUGCAUGAAAUGGAAAAAUGA